AUGACAUAUUCAACUGGCUUUGGCCCAAUUUCUGUAACUGUUGGUGAUUUUAAUAACGACAACCGACUAGAUAUCGUCGUUAGUAAUUGGAAGGACAACACUACAAGUGUCCUUCUCGGAUAUGGGAAUGGCUCUUUUGCAAAUCAAACAACAUAUGCAACUGGUGCUUCACCAAGAUCUGUAGCUGUUGGUGAUUUUAAUAACGACAGCCGACUCGAUAUCAUCGUCUCUAACUAUGAUGACAAUACUAUAAGUAUCCUUCUCGGAUAUGGCAAUGGCUCUUUUAAAAAUCAAAUGACAUAUUCAACUGGCUCGAAGCCAUGCUUUGCAGCUGUGGAUGAUUUUAACAACGACAGCCGACUGGAUAUUGUCGUUGCUAAUUGUGAUGGUAACACUAUAAGUGUCCUUCUUGGCUAUGGUAAUGAUUCUUUUGCAAAUCAAACGACAUAUUCAACUGGCCUUGGUCCAUAUUCUCUAGCAGUUGGUGAUUUUAAUAAUGACACCCGACUGGAUAUCGUCGUUGUUAAUAGGAAGAAUAACACUAUAAGUGUACUUCUCGGAUAUGGUAAUGGUUUUUUUACAAAUCAAAUUACCUAUUCAACUGGCUUUACUCCUUCAUGUGUAGUCGUUAGUGAUUUCAAUGCCGACAACCAACUGGAUAUCGUUGUAGCUGAUGCGAAUGGGAAAAGUGUUACUGUACAUCUCGGAUAUCCCAACGAAGGUUUUCUAAAACAAAUGAGUCUUAUAACUGGAAAUGGAUCUCGACCUAGGUCGUUCACCAAUGGGGAUUUUAAUAAUGACGGUCAAAUAGAUAUUGCAGUUGUGAAUUCAGGCACUAACAACAUCGGUGUUUUUCUAGGAUAUGUCAAUGGUUCUUUCGCAAAUCAAAUGACAUAUUCAACUGAUUCCUCUCCAUGUGCAAUAGCUGCUGGUGAUUUCAACAACGAUACCAUACUUGACAUUGUUGUCGUGAAUCGUGACAAUGACACUAUUGAAGUAUUUCUUGGAUACGUGUUACUAAUACUUCUUUUAACUUAUCUUUUGUAUUUAUCUCUUGAUUUAUAUGCUCAUAAAAAACAUAUUUAA